AAUAUUCCAGGAACAAUAAAACCAUCUGGUGUUUUCUUGGAAUAGUAAACCGUCAUCUCCGCUACCGUUUUAAUAACCCACGCACUACAGGAAUAAUUGGGACAGUAAAAAUGUACAAAUGGAACUACCAAUGACGCACAUUUUCUUUUAUUCAUAUACAGUAUGAGCAGAAAAUGUUGUUCAGUUGCACAUUUAGAGAUUCAAAAGUAGCACACUUAGCUAAGUAUACAUGUUGCUGAAAGGACUGGAAUAGCAGUUCAGUACCAUUGAUCCUACACCCAUGAGUGAAAAAAGAAGUGCUGUGCACCCACACUCAUCCACUAAAGCUGACAGUUGGUGAUGUAAUUCUAGAGGGCACUUAGCACCUCUGGGGCCCAGUGUGCAGAGGAUGAGGUGUACAGGAAGCAGGCGGGACCUCUUCCUCAAUUAUGGAUGAAGAAUUUGAGUCCAAUCCAGUUGACCACAGCGAAGGCUCCAAGGACGAGCAGGAGCUGGGGCAGCAGCAGACCGUAGUAGCACAGGGCUGGAGCUGACAGAUGCUUUCCAUCCUCGCCAAAGCAGGAGGUGAGGCAGUAGCCGCAGGUCGCGGCGAAGAGAAGGCAGACAGCUAUCACCACGCAACCACCUCUCCUGGCAUCCAUCUUGAACCAGCGUUCUCGCUCAUCCACACUCACGCCUUCAAACCGCGCACACCGUAAACGUUGCGUAACCUAAACGCACUGCUACCCACGUGUUCGCGUGCUAAAGGUCGUCAUGUCUUCAGUAAAGAAGCGUCGUAGACGACAAGAGGAGGAAGAGGAAGAAGAGGAAGAAGAGGAGGAGGAAGGAGCUAGGGUGAAGGGGUGCGAGUCAGACAGUGAGAGUAGCCUGAGUGGGGAGGGGGAAGAUAAUGAAGAAGAUGAUGGAUCCUCUUCAGAAUUUGACCCAUCUAUGGAAGUUAACGUGGAAUUUGAAGUGAGGCCUAUUUCGGAAGAAAACGGGCCAGCUAUCCAGUGUCUUCUGCAGCAGCUCCUGCCGAAGGGAAGUGUGGCUGUGUACGGACUAACCCAACUCCUCUUAGCACAAGAUGGAAUUGGAAGUGUGAUUCAGGUGGAGAGUGACCUUGUGGAAGGUAGUGGUGGUGGGGACGAAAACGCCGCGGAGGAAGUGAGGGAGGACGGAGAGCCGAGCACCAGCUGUGAAGACGGGGAAGAUGAUGAGGGGGAGGGAGGAGUGUGUGGAGUGACUUCUGUCCUCAACCUCACCCACCACCGAUCAAACGAGGCGGUGCAGUCGCUGACAGACCAUCUGCUCACCCAAUGUAAGCAACACUCUCCCUCCGAACACCCUCGGCUCUCCCAGCUCCUGGCUCCGCCCACCAAAACCAGCGGCAGCAACUGUGGUGACGUGGGUCUCGUGAUCAAUGAACGCUACCUCAACAUUCCUCCCCAUGUGGCACCACCUCUUCUGAAAUCACUCCUGUCCGAAGUCAAAGAGGCUUCCGGGAAGGUAACUAGACGUGCUAACACAAACACACGUCCACCACAACAUCCCUCCCAUGCUGAAAUUUGGUUUUCCUACUUUCUCUUUCUUGUGGCUGUCGGGCUCCGUGCGUGCCUCUGGGAAUUUCCCCCCGAAUCUCUCUGUAUCGAUCCGUCCUCCUACACACAUGAAAUUAUCACAAGUACGGUAGUACUUAGUACUAUAGGGACGAGCAUUGUAAUCUAUACCUCCUCACACGCACAAUUGUAUAUACGCAUUGUGCGUGGUACAGGGGCUACCGUAUGAUUUCGAGAAUUAUCUGCUGCUUGCUCGGUCCUACCUCGUUCCGUCUCCUCUGGGUUCCCCGCCGCUGACAAAGAAGAGGAGAAAGGGAGGAGGAGGAGAGGAGAGGGGGGAGGAGGGAGAAGAAACGACUCAGACUGCAGUGAGAGGAGUGGAGAAUGGAACCACGACGACAUCAUCACCGUCCUCCAGCUGUGUGCUACAUAACCAGGAGUACGAGGUUUUUCAAGAGGAAGCAGAGGUGACGUUCUCCUACCCAGUCGGUGAAGGCGGCCAUGGUGGUAGUAAUGACGACAGGGUGUUUGGUGGUGGGUGGAGUUUCGAGGACGACUCCCUGCAACAGACUAGGACGGUGAUGGUCAUUUCUGCCUCCAGACUACAGUCAGCCAUUGACAAACUCUCCUCUCUACUCUCCUAGUAUUUUUCUCACCAGCUCUAUUGAUUUACCUACUGAUAUAUUAUACCAAGAUAACAGUUUUUUUAAGUACACUUUUACUCUUUGUACUAUACUUUUACUGUUAUAUCCACAGCUCAAAUUUCAAGAUAAAACACAAAGUGU